AUGUCGCACCAGCACGUUCGAGGACAUGCUGCGUCCCAUGCAGCCUCCCAGACAGACCGUGACAGCAGUACGGCGCCUGGUCACAAUGGCAGCACCAGCACCGAAUCUACCCCCCUGCUGCCCACGAGCAUGCUCGCCAAUGUCGCCCACGAAGGGGAGAGCGGAAGGUCUGGCUUCCACCCGCGCCAUUUCUUGCACGUGCUCUGGCUUUCGUCGUGCACUGUGUCAUCCUGGGUCAACGUCCUUUGGCCGUUUGUGCCCGUCGCCAUAGCGCUGAACUUCGUGAGCGACGCACAUCUCUGGAUCUUCGCCAUGAGCUAUGUUGCCAUGGUCCCGUCAGCCAACCUCCUCGGCUUCGCUGGCCAGGAGUUCGCGCGGAAGAUGCCAAAGGUCGCCGGCAUCCUCAUAGAGACCACCUUCGGCUCCAUUGUCGAGAUCAUCCUCUUCAUCGUCCUAAUUGUGAAGCACAAUGUCGAAGAAGGGAAUGGCGACGAAGGCAACCUCAUCCCUAUUAUCCAGGCGGCUAUCUUGGGGUCCAUACUGACCAACCUCCUGCUCUGCCUCGGCCUCUGCUUCUUCUUUGGCGGCAUUCGACACCAGACAGAGAAAUUCCAUGCCAUUGUGUCAGAGGUUGGCAACGGGCUGCUCCUGGUAGCUGCAUUUGGCCUGCUCAUUCCUAGUGCGUUCUACUCCGCGCUCAAGACUGAGACGGUACCCUCUCUAGACCUUCACGUCCUGCACGAAAAAUUCACCGAGGGCAAGUUGCAGGAUGACGUUCUUCGAAUCAGCCAGGCGACCUCGAUUGUAUUGAUCAUGGCAUUCUUUCUCUAUGUCUGGUAUUGUGCUAGCAGCCAGCAUAGUCUGUUUGAUGCCGUCAUAGAGCAGGACGAGCAUGGUGACACGGAUCGCGAGGCGGACAUGGCCAAACCCAAGUUUACACUGACAGAAGCACUCGUGGCCAUUGCCUGCUCCCUAGUCUUUGUCACGGUUCUUCUCAUUAUACUUGUUGACAAGAUUGAGCAUGUAGUCGAGAGCGGCGUGCCCGAUCAAUUCCUUGGACUGAUACUCCUUCCACUUGUCGAAAAGGCAGCUGAACACUUGACGGCCGUCGACGAGGCUUGGGAUGGCAUGAUCAAUGUCGCACUAUAUCAUUGCCUUGGACCAUCAAUUCAGACUGCUUUGUUCAACGGUCCUCUCGUGGUAAUCGUCGGUUGGAUUUUAAAGAAGCCCAUGGACCUGAAUUUUGAAAUCUUCAUGGUGGCACUUUUGGUCCUGUCGAUCCUCGUGGUCGGCAAUUUUCUGCGCGAUGGCGAAUCGAAUUGGUUGGAGGGUGCGCUCCUUGUGAUCGUGUACAUCAUCAUCGCCAUCGCAGCAUGGUAUUAUCCGAAUCCGGAUGUCGCUACCUCGAACGGUAUUGAGGGGCUUUCCGAGGGUUAUGUGGCCAUCAGUACGGAGAAUCUGAGGAGGAUACAACAACUUUUGGGGGAGACGAACAACCAAUGA